AUGAUGGGCUUUUAUACUGAAGAUCUUCCUCGGUCCGUACGAGGGACAAAGACUACGGUUCUGAUAGGAUCUGCUGCUUUUAUUGGAGGAUCAUGCUCCACGUUUGUGUCCGCCCAACGAAUUGUCCAAUCGAUAAUGCUCUGGUCUUGUCCUUUAUCGCCUGGAGCCGUUAUCCUUGGACUGCAGCUGAAGAGCUUAAUCCCUAGUUCCUCCGAGUUUGAUACCCUUCAGGAAGCUUACGGCCUUACUCCGGCUGAUGGGGUGGAGUUUCUAGUCUUUGGUUCUUUGAUCAAUCGACCUCCUCCUGGGAAGGUGAGUGUUUAUCUGAAAACUUUCGACGCCGGUCUCUACCUUCCGUUAACUGACUUUCAAGAAUAA